AAAAUGUUUCUUAGCCAGCACCGAAGAACUUCUAGCGGAAGUCCCCUUAAUAGUAGAAUUUCUCAGAAUAGCUUAUCUAAAGACUACAGCAUGGCAUUUGAGAGGUCGAGACUCCUUGCUCAAAUGAACUGCUUCACCAACACAAAAUUUGAGAAAUUCAAAACUAAUAAAAUCGUUAAUUACGGCCUAAGGCCCGUUCAGACUCCAAAACUUAGUAUGUUGGAUACUACCAGAAAGAAAAGUUUUAACCGUAAUCCAAUAAGCAUGGGUGCCCAGAAGGAUAAUCUUGGACUCAGAGCACCAAGAAGGAUGAACUUACGCAAUCCAAAAAUUCAAAAAUUAGUCAAAAUGAAAUAACAUGAAAUUUGCCUCAUCAAGGCCUCAAAGAGAUGCAGAACCUAUAAACUUGAGUAAUUAUAAGAGAGGGUUAUCAAAUAUUUCUGGGCUGACUGCAACGAGACCCUCGACUGGUUGGAAAGAUCUGAGCUCUAUCUCCUUGAGGCCUACAACAAGACUAUCUAAUUCUCCAAAUUUGCAUUUCUCAUCCCUGAAAGCUAGUCCAACCUACGAAACGUACAAAAUACAAACAUCAGAACGGAAGUCAGCUAGGAAUGAACACGAAGUGCAGCCAUUCAUCAAGAACGAAGGAAUGAUCUGUAUCCAUGAGCGGCACAAGAGCCUGUCUACAACCCAGAUGUUCAUCAAGUCCAUCCAGAGUAAUAUAGAGAAAUUAAAACGCACGAGAGAUUUCUGGAAACCUGCAGUAAAAGAAUCUAAAAACUCCUCAAAAAGGCGCCAAAGUAGCCUCAAAUAAGGCUCGAAAGCGUGUUGGUAGGAUCUACACAGACGAAGAGGUGCUCAACCUACCUUUCAAUGAGAUGAGGAUGCGCCUGGAAGGCGACAUCCUAAAAAGACACUUUAAAAGCUGGGAUGAUUCUAAUGCAGUAAAAAUCCAAAAAGUGUUCAGGGGAUAUAUGAUGCGCAAAUAUUACUUCAAGCGGCAACAAGAAAAACUUAUCAGAGAGUUCUGUGAGAGAAGAAGUGUCAAGAUUAUCCAACGAGAAUGGAAAAUCUUCUCCUUCCAACUCCAGAUGAAGAGGGAUGCGAUUGAGAGGCGUAAUGUACAGAUCACCAAAAUUCAAAAGUUCAUGCGAGGAUUUAGUGUCUGGAAUGCCCUUGGUGCACAAAGAACCAUGGCAAUAAUGGCAGCUCUUCAGAAAUCACUUCAUUCCAUCUCUGCUAAAAAUAGGUCUGUUAUUAUUAUUCAGAGAAGGUUCAGGAAAUAUAUGAAAAAUGUUCAAGAAAAGAGGAGAUUAGCACUUUUAGAGAAACAAAGACUUGAGCAAAAGUUAGCAGCCCUCAAAAAGUCAAAACCAGAGGCCAGAUACAAGAUAGUCAACCGAGGAGGUGUAAUUGUUCGGGUAGACAUCGACCAAGAACGCAAAAAACUUUUAAAAGUAAAGGAGAAGUUCAAGCCAAGUUCAAAGAAAUCUAAGAAAAAGAAUCAUUUAUAAUUUAAAUUAUACUGAUCAUAUUUUGUCCAUAAUCCUUCGGUCCUAAUUUCGAACCUUAAGCUUCUUUGAGGGUCUAUUAUCUUGAAAUCUCGUUCUUUUCUGUUGCUAGAUUUUCAGUUAAGUACUUAAAAACUGAUAUCUUGAGCAUUAAAACUCUGAAAUUAAACUUUAGCGCAUUAAGGAAGCAUGACUUAUACAAUAGUUUAUUAGCAAUGCCCAUAUUGGCACCUCUGAGGCUUGAUUUGUACACUCAGUAAGUCUUGAGAAAUAGCUUU